AUGUCUUCUUACCCGGUUGUCGUUCUGCGGGUGUUUCAGCUCCUUACCGUCGUCGCGCCCACCACCUUCCUCGCCGCUGCCACGAUCGUCAACUCAUUCUCUGAAACCAAAGAGCCCAAAGAAUCGAACCUGCGCAAGUUUCAACUGGGCUCAGCUUGUAUCGCCGCAUUAUUAUCUUCUGCAGAGGCAGUGAUUGACAUUAAGAGAUCUGACCCAUACCAAAUCUCCGACCCGGACGCAGUCUAUGCGCUCUUCCUUAGUCUGGUCUGGGUUAUCCUCUCGCUUAGUCUCGUUGGAACUCCCAUCAGCACGUCAUACCCUCAUAUUGGAACUUGGACGAUUCUCCUUGUCUGCCAAAGCACGGUCUUUGCACUAUCAUUGCCUGGUACAUCCUUGAAAGACAGGUCCCUAUUCGCACGAUCCAUUCUUCAAGGGGCCCAACUAGCAGUUGAGAUCGGGCUCCUCGGAGACAGCCUUUUGAUUCGCUUCGUACGAGGAAAGGAAGUUGUAGGAAAUGGCGAUGAAACGCGACCGUUGCUAGGAAAUGAAUCAAGUCCGCACCCCUCGGGCUCACACGGGGAGACUCAGACGCCAAAUGAGGAAGAAACGGACAGACAGCGCAUACGAACGAGGCCAUUCUGGCAGUACCUGGGCUCUUUCAAACUCUUUGUGCCCUAUAUGUACCCAAGGUCUUCACAAAUGCGGAUGUACUUUGGUGGGAUGUUUGUCGCCAAUGUCUCGACAAGGAUCGUUACGAUUGCCCUUCCUCUCAGUCUCGGCAGUGUCAUCAACGGCCUUGGAGAAACGAUUCCUUGGAAGUCUAUGGCUGUCUACGUGUUUCUCUGGUUUUUGAUGUCACACGCAGCUCUCCCACUCAUUGAAACCUGGCUAUCAUGGCGGGUAAGGGCUGAUCUGAUCGUCGCAUUACAGCGGCAUUGCUACAGUCACAUCAUGAAAUUGUCCGCCGACUUCCACGAUUCCAAGAGAUCUUCAGUCAUCUGGCAGACGACGAGCCAAGGUCAAGAUGUGAUUGACUUGCUCCAUGACGGUUUGUUUCAAACGUUGCCUACAAUAGCCGACUUGGUCUUUGCAACCGUGGUCCUUACAUGCCUCUUUGGGCUCUACAUGACCUUUAUUAUCACAUCAAUGUUGGUUCUGUUCUUCGGGCUGACCUUCAAGACGCUCGUGAGGAAGCGAUCUAUGCGUCGAUCUUGGGUCGAUGCGUAUCACGAGCAGUAUUACCAGAUGAGCGAAUCCUCACUGAAUUGGUCAGCAGUAUGCCACUCUGGACGCAUCCCUUAUGAAAUCCAGAGGUACAGGGAGAAAGGCGACACUACUCAGGACAGAAUGCUGAUUUUGUGGUUCUAUGAGUUUUGGACCCAAGGUCUGCGCUACCUGAUACCUGGCAUCAGCUUUGUGGCCGCAUGCAGUGUGGCAGCCCUGCAAAUAUCACACCAUCAGCACAAGAUUGGUGAUUUUGUGGUUCUGAUCACAUACUGGGCACAAGUCACCGGCCCCUUGACCACUCUGGCAAGCGCAACAUCAGGUGUGACUGAGAAGCUCGUCAACGCAGAGAAGCUGGUGUUGAUACUGGAAAAGAAGCCACGCAUUCAGGACUUGCCAGAUGCUCGACCCUUCGUGUUCCUAGAAGGCGCAGUCGAGUUUGAGAAUGCGUCUUUUUCUUAUGACGGCAAACGACAAAUCGUGAAAGGAAUUACUUUCCGUGCAGCGCCUGGGAAGACUGUGGCACAUCAGACACAUCAAUCUGGAAGCUUCCGCAAACACAUUGGCAUGGUUCCUCAGAGUCCCGUCGUGUUCAACAUGUCAGUGCUGGACAACGUUAGAUACCCUGAUAUUGACUGUACGGACGAAGAGGCUAUGGACGCCUGUAAAGCAGCAGCCCUACACGACAAAAUCAUGUCGUUUACUCAUGGUUAUCAUGAAAAGGUAGGCGAGCGUGGCACCAAGCUCUCGAGUGGUGAGCUUCAGCGGCUUGCAAUUGCGCGGGCGAUCCUCAAAAAGGCGGACAUUUUGCUCCUGGACGAAGCCACUAGCAGUGUUGACAGCAUCACGGAGAAGAAAAUUCAAAAUAGCAUCCGUCAACUAUGUGCUGGCAAGACCGCGUUUGUGAUUGCACACAGGCUGUCUACAGUCGUGCAUGCCGAUCAUAUUCUCGUGAUUGAGGACGGCGAGAUUAUCGAGUCUGGUACACAUGAGACUCUCAUCAAGCAGAACGGUGCUUAUAAUGAGCUAUGGAGCAGCCAACUUCGCCUGCAGGCUGGGGAGAGCAAGUCGAAGUCCCAAUCGUGCUUCCCACCGAAAACAGAUGCAUUGGUCCUGGUCAACGAUAUGAGUUCCGGUGAGCAAGAAACCCAGACUUUGGUGGAGAGAACAAUGAGAGGAAGUGAGAAUGAAGAUACAGAGUGCAGAGCUCCCGAGUCGACCAGCGAUCCCUCAAGCAUCCACGAACACCAGCAUCGAAGCCAUCAAGCAUCGCACGAUGCUGUAGACUCGCGAGACAGGACGAACGCCAAACGCCUUGCGUGUGUGUUGGGUGCGAGAUUGCCACGGUCAAAAUCGCCAGGGAAAGGUGGAUCGUCAGAGUCAAGCCUGAACCCCGACGCGCGCACAUUUCGGCCUCGACGAUUCCAGGAUUAUAACAACACUACAAGUUUUACAACUAGUGACCCCAGGACUGCGACUGAAGGUCACUACGGGACUUCCUUUGGCGCCUACUCAGCCAAAACCAGAAUCGAGACGAACCUUUCCAAUCAGGAGAACGACGUCAAGUGGUCGACGGCGAAAAGUCUUCGGGAUUCACCCGACGUUGCUUCGAAACCACGGUCACCAUUGCUUUUCCCGCUGAAACGAAACGAAGGUGUCAAAGCCGAAAGUCCCGGUUUGCAAACCGAUCAACCAGAGUUGGAGGAGACCACCGCACUCGCGGGAAACAAUCGCCGGCGGUUGACUGCAAGCGAACCUUUUCCCCGGAGCAUUGAUGUUGAAGAAGAGUCGGAUGGAUCAUCAGCAGAUGUGGACGUUCAACAGUCAGCGAAAUACUCGAGGCUCCCACAACCUUCAUGCCCAAGAACUGUGUCAGCUAUGGAGAGAAAGACGGGUGUGUCAAAUUCAGAGGAUGUGAUGGAAGGGGACGAGGCUGAAGCAUCCGCUGAUACCGCAGCGACGAGCCCAACUAUUUCCACUCCCACAUCGCACCUGAGGGUCCCUGCCAACUCCCCUGCAUAG